AGCGUAUGCUGUGCUCAUUUCUCGCUCUAUCUCUAGAGAGAGGAGAUCCGACUAGUGAUUGUUGUCCUGACACGUUGUGUGAAUUUCCUCUGGAUAUCUUCAUUACAAUCGUUAUCUUCAUUACAAACGUUAUCUUUAACCUGUGGCUACUGUUAUAUUUUUCAUCAAAUUUUACAUUAUUUGCUUGUACCCUAAGGAUUUUAGUUUCAGAUUUUGCAAAUCGCAGAUAAGGCUAGGUGGUUCAACUAUGAGUGGUUUUGUCACGAGUGUCCUUGAUCAGGCGUUUACCCAUCUGUGUAGCUGCUUUGGCGUUGAAGUCAAUUAUGUUUGGAACCUUGAGAAGAAUCUGGCGGCUCUAGAGGACACCAUGAAGGUACUCAGAGCAAGGCGAGCGGAUGUGCUGACAAAGGUGCAGAGGCAAGAAAGCGAGGGUCUACAAAGGCUUAACGAAGUUGAGGUAUGGCUUACGAGUGUUGAGGAUAUCCAAAACCAAGUCUAUGAUUUGCUUCUUCCUAGUAGAGAUGAACUUGAAAAGUUGUGUCUUUGUGGUCUUUGUACGAAAAACUUGAGCCCAAGUCAUAGAUACGGGAAAAGGGUUUUCGAGAUGCUGAAAAAAGUCGAAGUUUUAGAAUCUAAAGGAGUGUUUGAAGUGGUGGCUGGGCAACCUACGAUAGCUGUGGCAGUGGAGAUGCCUUUACCAUCGACAAUUGUUGGUCAAGAAAAAAUGCUCAAAAGGGCAAUGGAGCACCUCAUGGAUGCUGGAACAGGGAUUAUGGCUCUCUAUGGAAUGGGUGGAGUAGGAAAAACAACUCUUCUGGAACAAAUAAACAAUAAAUUUGUUGAGCACCCAGUUGACGGGGUCGAAAUUGUUAUCUUUGUUGUGGUGUCCAGCGAGCUACGGGUUGAGAUGAUUCAAGAUGCGAUUGCUGAGAAACUAGGCUUUCGUAUGGAGGAGUGGAAACAAAAAGAGAAACGCCAUAAGGUCACUGAUUUAUACAAUUGUUUGAAGACAAAGAAAUUUAUCUUGUUAUUAGAUGAUAUUUGGAAGGAAGUGGAUUUAAAAGAAAUCGGAGUCCCAUUUCCGACAAUGGAAAAUGGAUGCAAAGUAGUAUUCACCACUCGUUCUAGGGAAGUAUGUGGCCAUAUGGGGGUUGAUGAUCCAAUGGAAGUUGAGUGUUUGGGAUCUGAAGAAGCUUGGGAUUUGUUCCGUGGCAAAGUUGGGAAAAAAACAUUAGAAAGCCACCCAGAUAUUCUUGAGGUCGCUUGUCAAGUUGCCAGAGAAUGCCGUGGUUUACCAUUGGCGCUGAAUAUCAUCGGCAAAAAUAUGGCGUCCAAGAGGACGGUGGAAGAAUGGGAGCGAGCAAUCGACACUCUUGCUUCUUCUGCUGCAGAGUUUCCAGGUAUGGAAGACCAGAUUCUUCCAGUCUUGAGGUAUAGCUACGAUAGCCUCAAGGGUGAGCAUGUCAAGUCAUGUUUUCAAUAUUGCGCUCUAUAUCCAGAAGAUUGGCCAAUACAAAAGGAGAAGUUGGUAGAUUACUGGAUAUGCGAAGGAUUUAUAGACGACAAGAAAGGUAGAAAAAAGGCUAAAAAUCAGGCUUAUGGGAUAAUUGGUACCCUUGUCGAGGCUUGUUUACUGACCGAAGAGGUAGAAGGAGAAACAAAGGUGAAAAUGCAUGAUGUGGUCCGUGAGAUGGCAUUGUGGAUAGCAUCUGACUUUGGGAUGGAUAAAGAGAGAUGUAUCGUGAAAGCUGGUUUUCGUUUGCGUGAAGUACCAACGGUGGAGAACUGGAGAUCUGUGAGAAGAAUGUCUUUGAUUUACAACGAGAUUGAAAGUAUAUCUGAAAGUCCCAACUGCCCUGAGCUUACAACUCUGCUCUUCCAAAAAAAUGAGAUUUUGAAUAUCUCAGGUGAAUUUUUCAAGUCCAUGCCCAAGUUAGUCGUAUUGGAUCUAAGAGAUAAUAAACUUUUCGAUGGAGUUCCAGAGGAAAUAUCCAAGUUGGUCUCCUUGCGACAUCUCGACUUGUCAUAUAAUAAAGGCAUAAAGCGAUUGUUUGCAGGCUUACUAGAGCUAAGAAAACUGAUAUAUUUGAAUUUGGAGCGAACGGGACUGGAGAGUAUUUCGGGGAUAUCAACUUUGGCGAGUUUGAGGACACUCCGACUACAACAUAACCAAAUGUCGCAAGAUGUCAACGUAAUGGAGGAACUGCAUCUCUUAGAACAUUUAGAAGUGUUGACCAUAGAUAUUUGGUCAACUUUGGUUGCAAAUCAACUGUUUAAUUCUUACAGAGCAGCAAAUGCUAUUCAAGCGAUAACUAUUCGUUGCCUUGAGGAGAAAUCAAUAUUAAGUCUUCCAAAUAUGGCGGUUCUCAGUGCGCUGGAUAUUGAGAAAAGUGAAAUGGUGGAGAUAAAUGUCAAGAGGAGUACAUCAUCAUUGAACAAAAGUCCAACAACAACUGUAAGCUUCCCAAACCUCUCUAGAGUGCAAUUAUGUGCUUGUCAUGGUCUCAAGGACUUGACAUGGCUUUUGUUUGCACCAAAUCUUAAGAUUCUUAACGUUGAAAAUUCAACUCAAGUAGAGGAUAUAAUCAACAAAGAAAAAGCUGCUAAUAUUCUCACAGAGAAAGAGGAAGUUACCAUCAUUCCUUUUCAGAAACUAGAGCGUUUUCGAGUGUAUGAUUUGCCAGAGUUGAAGAGCAUCUACUGGAGUCCUCUCCCUUUCCCACGUUUGAAGAAAUUCAGGAUAGAUAAGUGUCCAAAUCUGAGAAAGCUUCCAUUUGAUUCUAAAAGUUGCAGCAGCGCGGGUGAAGAGCUUGUCAUCCACAGUGGAGAACAGGACUGGAUAGAUAAGGUUGAGUGGGAGGACGAAGAGACUAAAGAGCGUUUCCCACGUUCCAUCGGUCCUUCCGAAACUGAAGCAGUUCUCAAAAUUCUGAUAGAACUCUCUUCUACUUUUGCAUCUACUUGAAAUUGUGUCUACUGCUCUUGCGUCCACUCUCAAAAACGUUGGUGUUUCUAAUCAAUUUAUUUUCUAUAUGUUCAUGUCUAUUCUAUGUUUACUGUUUGUUUGGUGUGAAUAUCAUUACUCUCAAGAAACUUUACAUAAAAGUUAUCCAGUUCCGUUUUGUAA